AUGGACAAGUUAGCAGAGUUGUAUGUGCGAGAGGUGGUAAGAUUGCAUGGGGUACCCAAAAGUAUAGUAUCAGAUCGGGACCCUAGAUUCACCUCACAGUUUUGGCAAUCGUUGCAGGCGGCCUUGGGAACACAGUCGAGGAUGAGUUUAGCGUAUCAUCCUCAGACAGAUGGGCAGUCUGAACGGACCAUCCAAUCUCUAGAAGACUUAUUGAGAUCUUGUGUGUUGGAUCAUAUGGGAAACUGGAAUGAUGUGCUACCUUUGGUGGAGUUCACCUACAAUAAUAGUUACCAUUCCAGUAUUGGUGUGGCGCCCUAUGAAGCAUUGUAUGGAAGAAGGUGUAGAACCCCAUUGUGCUGGUAUCAGGAUCGUGAAACCUUUGUGCUUGGUCCUGAAUUUCUGCAACAAACGACCAGUAAGGUCAAGUUUAUCCAAGACUGGAUGAGAGCAACUCAGAGUAGGCAAAAGUCUUAUGCAGAUAAGAGGAGACGACCACUUAAGUUUGAUGAAGGAGACCAUGUACUUCUUCGGGUGACGCCAACCAUAGAGUUGAGGAAAUACAUUGCAAGUCUAGAUCAUGUUUUGGAGUCAGAUGAGGUGCAAGUACGCGAGGAUCUGACUAUGCCAGUUGGACCAGUGCGCAUAUUGGAUACUCAGGUCAGGCAACUAAGAGGUAAGGAGUUGAAGACGGUGAAGCCAAAACAAAUAUUGGACACUGAAAAUUCUGGGGAGGAAAAUUUUGAGAUUAAAGGUGAUAAAGGCAUGGAAAGGCACAAUGUAAGGGGCAAUUCCUUUUAUUGUUUGGAGUUACCAUUGUCACGUCUUGGACUGAUGAAUUGGUCAUUGUGGCACUUGGGACAACUUGAAAUCAAGAGUGAAGAAACGAUAAUGAGACCUGUUUCUCAGAAAUGGGGCUACAUUCGAAUCAUGGCCGGUACAAUCCUUGGAGGCAUCCUCGGAUUCUACGUUAUGCACCGUGUUGAAUCUAACUACAAGGAGAGAAUGAACGAGAGGCUGAGAAACUAUGAGGCUGAAUUGAGGAGGAAGAAGGACGAGAGAUUGAACGAGUUUGAGGAAUCCUCCAAGUUUUGA